AUGUCUUCCAUGUUUUCUAUGUUGAAAGAUCUUCAUCCUUCUGUAACAACAUCAGUGAUAAAAGUGAGAGUGGUUCGUGCUUAUGAAGUGCCUUUCAAUGGCAAUGCUGCUGAUAUUAUGAGUUUGGAGUGCAUAUUUCAUGAUGCAGAGGGUUCAAAAAUUCAUGCAUCUUUUGGAAGAGCUGUGCUAAGAACUAUUGCAGUGAAUAUCAGUGAAGGAAACUGUUAUGUCAUGCAGAAAUUUUACACAAGGCCAAAUCAUAUGCGUUAUAAAACGACUAAUCAUGCAUUUCGCUUAACUAUGACUCAGAAAACUCAAAUUUAUCAAGUGAUUGAUGAUGAGUUUCCAUUUCAUAUGUUUUCGUUGAAGCCAUUUCCUGAAAUUUCAACUAUUGAGAAUUUACAUGAUGAAGCACUGUUUGAUGUUGUAGGAGUUGUUGUUGACAGUGGAGGUGUGGUUAAUCAGCCUAACGCAAAGAUGAUGGAGUUAAAGUUGGAAGAUGAAAAGUAUUAUUCAAUCAUAUUGUCUAUUCUUGAGCUUCUUCAGAAUGUUAUCAUAUGCACCCUUUGGGAAGAUUUUGUUGAUCAGUUUUUGGCACAAGUUGAUGGAUAUGUUCAACAAAUUUCAGUUAUUGUGGUUCAGUUUUGCAGGCCACAUCUGUACAAGGGCCAAGUGCGCAUAUCUACAUCAUUCAAUGUUUCUAAAGUCACACUAAACAAGGGCCUUCCAGAGAUCAAUGAAAUGAGGCAGAGGAUUUUUGGAGUGCAAAGGUUCAUUGAGACUAUAAACUUAACUUUUAAGGUUGAGCCUAAGAAAUUGGUGGAUGAGAAUGAAAUCAUGGAUGUGAAGAGCAUUGAAGAUGUUUUCUGCUUGGAGGAUGGGUGUUACUGGAUUUGUGGUAGGAUUGAUCAUAUUGAAUCAAAUGGUGAUUGGUUUUACUUGGCCUGCAAGCGUUGUUCAAAGAAAGUUGUGAAGGUGGAGCAGAGAUUCAUGAUUAGGGUAAAUGUGGUUGAUGCAACAAGCAAUGCAACAUUGCUACUGUGGGAUAGGGAGUGUGUUCAACUCAUUGGCAAAAGAGCUUGGGAAGUUGAUGUUUCUACUGCUGUGGUGGAUGGAAUCCCUAAAGAAAUAGAAAACAAACUGCUAGAGAAGUUUGUUUUAUUCAAAGUGCAAAUGAGAAAUGAUGCUGACUUCCGGUUGGAUCAACCCUAUACUAUCAACAAAGUUUGUGUGACUCCUGAAAUUGUGGAGAAGUUUGCUUCAAAAAUCAUGGAAAGUCAGACUGAGAACUCUGCAGCAAAUGAGUCACUUACUGAUUUAGCAUUUGGAUAUGAUGUGAAGGAAUCUCAAAGUCAGCGUAUCAAAACAUUCCCUGAAGAACUUGAUGAGAUUUUGGUGAAAGAUGAAGAACUUGAUGACAGUUUGGAGAGAGGAGCAUGGAUUACUGAAUCUGGGAAAAGAGGGCUGGAGGAGUUGUCUGAUGAUGGUGUGUUUCUGAAGAACAGUUUGGAGAGAGGAGCAGGGAUUAUUAAAUCUGGGGAAAGAGGGCUGGAGGAGUUGUCUGAUGAUGGUGUGUUUCUAAAAAAAUUGAAGAAGGAGAAGGAUGGUGUGUUUCUGAAGAAAGUUAAGAAGGAGAAGGCGGAUGGUGUGUUUCUAAAGAAAGUGAAGAAGGAGAAGGAGUGA